UAGAUUUCAAGAAAGAAAUAUCCACCAAAUGACUUCAAAAGCUGCAUGCCAGAGAGGACUUAAUGAGUCUUGUAAUUCAGACAGAUCUAGAAGCUUUGAUGAGAAGGAGAAGAGGUAUAAGACAAUUCUGAAUAACUCUGCAUCUUCAGAGAGAGGAUUUGCUCCUGUUCAAGGUAAAUCAGGCAGCAAACUCAGUUUUCACUCUCCAAAUAGAGGCUAUGGAUCGCCUUUUGGAUUUAGUAAUAAGAUUUAUGGAGGGAUGAAUUAUGGUAUGGCAGACCCUGAUAUGAAAGUAAAAUCUACCACUAAUGAAAUCUCAGAUAAAGGUUCAAAUUAUUUGCCGGACCAGUAUGCUCAUGCCAUCCAGAGAGGAGAUAAGAUGAAUCCCAGUACUUUUCCAUGUUUGAAUAUUAAUAACGAUGACUUGAUGGACAAAUUUGAUAGUGACAGUAGUUCAGUUAACAGUGAAGAAGCUAUUUGAGUUCCAAAAGAAUUUGUAAAAUAAUGAUUUCUUAAGCAGUCAAGGAAUCAAUCAUAACUUCAUUAGUACAGAUAAUGAACAGAUAAAGUUUUACAGCUAUCUCUCAGGUCCUCCAUUUCACGGAACUCUACCAGGGAAUGAAUUUAUGAUGCAAAAUAUUCAUCCUCCCUUAUUUAGACACUAUCCUCUCUUACCUCCUGGUCCUCCAAUAAUGCAAAAUGUCCCAAUGACUCAAAAAAAAUGAAAAAGAUGAUCAAAGGAAUCUUCCUAAGGCUUUGCCAGAAUCUUUAAAAAUCAGCCAAAGAGACAAGGUUGUUUCAUUUAAGAAAAGUACAGAUCAGACUGAUGAAAAUCUUGAGUCUCAAACCAAACAGCUAGCGAACCCUCAGCGUUUACCAGUAGCAGAGAAAUCCACUAAAAGAUGAAGCGGAGUUAAACAGAAACAAGUUGAGAAAACAAGGUCUCCAGUGCAGACUCAAAUCUUAUCGCUCAAAUCUAAACAAACUGAAGAAGAGAAAAAGCAAAACUCUGUGAAUGAGCUUGAUGCGAAGUCUCCAGAGAAGAAGGAUGCCAAGCAAAUUCCAACUGAUGAUCCAAUGAAGGAGGUACAGCCAGACACCCAAUCUGUGAAGAAAGAUUUAAAUAAGCCUCUGAAUGAUUUUAAGAAGCAGAAGGAUAAAAAUACCUCAUUGUUUUCAGACAGAAGUGAUUCUGACUACAAAUUAAACAACCUGUCUGUUUCCGAAGAGAAUGGCAAAAGCUCAGUGGUCUACAUAAGUUCUAGGGAGAGCCCAAAUAAUAUUGAAAGUGGGGACUCCGACUAUGCUCCUAGCGAGGAGAAGGACAAGAAGUUCUUCAAGAGCUCAUUUUCUCAAGAAGUGUCACUCAAGACACUCAAGAAUCAAGAAAAUGGAGGUCCCAAGAAAUAAGAAGCAGAGACAAGAUAACUCAAAUAAGAAGAGGAGUCAGAACAACUCAGCUAAGAAUGAUAGACCUAAGAACCAGAAUGAUAAAUCAGAGGACAUGAGAAAAUGCAAAAUUUGUGGGAGAGAGUUCUCCCGCCAAGGUCUCGGAGGUCAUAUGUCAAGAGCUCAUCCAGGGCAAAGCACCGAAUAUAGACAGAAGAAGCAAACUAGGAACGGGAGACAAGAUAAGCUCCGCCUUCUACGUAAGGCCCAGAGGGUGUACAGAGUCAGAGACAAGUGCCCAAAUAUUAAAGGGACUGAUAUGAACAGAACUAAGUUAAACAAGAUCCGUGACCAAAUCAAGCAGUGGAUGAAUGAACACCCAGGAAUGGACUAUGAUACUUACGAAGAAGGAGGCAUAUAAUUUAAU